UUCUCCAAAUCCCCAAGCGUGUUCAGAGGAAAACCCUGUAAAACCCUUAAAACCAGGAUUAUUUAGUUUCAUAAAUUCAAAUCUCCUAACUGUAAACUCUCUUCCACUACUUUCUCUUCGCUUUGUGUUGUAUUAGGAUCCGAUCGCAAAGGCAACGAGGGUUAGGAUUUUUGAAUUCGAUGGCGUUGACGAACUUCAUACUCACGGUGGCCGGCGUUAGCGCCGUGAUUCUUCUUCUGAGGAGCGAUGUGAAGCAAUCCGCCACCAUCUUCAGGCGUAACGUCAAGCAUAUCCGCCAUUGGCUCGAAGAAGAAUCCGCCGCUGCCUCCAAGGCAGCAGAGAAGACAAUUCCGAAGGAGCUGGAAUCAAAGGUUCCCAAAAAAGAUAUUCCGAAGGAAGACAAGCACUAAUAUUCAUAUUAUCCACACUCUGGGACUGUUUUUGUGUGAGUUACCUAGUCACUCCUUUCAACUUUUCUUCUUUCUUUCUUUUUUCUUUUUAAUAAGGCAAUAUGUAGAGAUUUCCCGCUUUAAUUGAUCCUUUUUUCUAGCCUUUUUUCUCUCUUUUUUUUUUUUCUUUUUUUUUUUUUUUAUAUAUUGGAUAUAUACUGGAUACGUACCUAAGAAAAUUUAUAUAUUAUUUUAUGAAAGAAGAGAAAUAUCUUUGCUAGUCAAUGAUCAUUAUUGGAUAUUACAUUUUAAAGGUUAUCCUUGAGACAUAAGCAAACCCAUUAAAUAGGGUCAUAAAGUCGCUCAUUCUUGUAUUGUAUGUUGAACUUCCCCUUUUUUUUUUUUUUCAGCACUGAAUCUAUUACAUUUUAUGAGUGAUUGCUGACAAGGAUUUUUGUGUCAAAAAGCAGGGUGUGAAGAAAUUGUGAGGUAG